UUAACAGCUUCACUAGACCUCGGCACUACAACUGCGAGAUCAUUCCUUCUAAAAAAUAUAACUAUCAUUAGUAUGGACCUGUUUUACACCUCUACUUAACAGCAGCUCGUCGGGGACUUGUGUGUUCUUCGUUGCUUUGGGAUUGCUUCAAUUCGGGAGGAUGUCCGAUCGCCCAGAUAGUCCUCCAGAAGACUGCAGUAAUCGGGCAUACGAGCUCUCCAGGACCAUGUCCUCUUCGUACUCCUCAGUUCCGGGACACGAAGGCCUGCAGUUCCCGCACAGCAUGCUCCAGGACCCGGGCCUGUUCUUCAAUAAGGCGCCAUUUAACGGCCUCAAUGCUGCUCACACCCAGGCGUUUUUCUCGUUCCCGCCGGUCGGAGGCGACUUCAGGUCCAACGAGGUGCAGGUGGGAGAUUUUACCCAGCCCAAACACUGGUACCCGUUUGCGGCCCCUGAGUACACGGGGCAGGUGGCAGGGGCCACUGCGGCCACACAGCCCGCUAACCUGAGUCCUCCUAUAGCUGAGACUCGGGAGCAAAUCAAGAUCCCUGAGGUGAAGACCGAGAAGGAGAUCGACGGUGAGGAGUACGGUGGCGCUGAGACCAAACUUCAGCCACAGUUUCUGGGCCCGGCGACCUCCGUGCCCGCCGGGAUGUACUACCCGACUUCUGCCUCAUGGACUACGUCAUUUUGGCCCGGUCUCUCUCAUAUCGCAGGUCCUGCUACUGUGGCCCAAGCCCCGCCGACCCCGUCUGCUUCAUCUCCUUCUUUGUCACCGUCUCCACCCGGGAACGGCUACGGCAGCCCGGGCUUUUACAGCGGAAGCUCUGCGCAGAGUAACCCCGCCGCAGCCGCCGGCCAGGUGCAGACCAGCGCCCGCAGCAGCGGCUCCUCCAGCGGCGGCUGCAGCGACUCCGAGGAGGAGGAGAACCUGACCACAGAGGAUCUGGAGCAGUUCGCCAAGGAGCUGAAACACAAGCGCAUCACCCUCGGCUUUACACAAGCAGACGUCGGACUUGCCCUCGGGAAUCUCUAUGGAAAGAUGUUCAGUCAGACGACCAUCUGCCGCUUCGAGGCUCUUCAGCUCAGUUUUAAGAACAUGUGCAAGCUCAAGCCGCUGCUCCAGAAAUGGCUGAACGAAGCUGAAACUUCGGAAAAUCCACAAGAUAUGUACAAAGUUGAGCGGGUUUUUGUCGACACAAGAAAAAGAAAAAGGAGGACCAGUCUGGAGGGUUCAGUUCGCACCGCUCUCGAGUCAUACUUUCUCAAGUGUCCCAAGCCUAACACGCUGGAAAUAACACACAUUUCUGACGAUCUCGGCUUGGAGAGAGAUGUGGUGCGCGUGUGGUUCUGUAACCGCAGACAGAAAGGCAAGAGGCUGGCCCUUCCAUUUGAUGAAGAGGGUGUCGAGGGUCAGUAUUACGAUCAAAGCCCAACACCACCUCCGCACAUGGGUGGAACACCCCUCUCUGGGCAGGGUUACCCAGGACCAGGUCAUGCCAAUGGCAUGCCAACACUAUACAUGCCACCUCUUCAUCGACCGGAGGUCUUCAAACAGGCUCUGCAUCCAGGACUAGUGAAUCAUCUCUCUAGCUAAGGUGGCUGUGUCUAGCCUACUCAAACCCAACACUAGGACCUAGUUCAGUGCCACAAAAUGAGAAGUUGCAUAUUGCUCAACUGGUUUUCCUUUUUGAAACAAUGCUGUGCUCGGCUUGCUUCACUGCUUAAAGCAUUCAAUGUCUUUCUGGUUCAGAAAUUAACACUGCUAGAGUAUAAUAUACUCGCUGGAUUUUGAAAUGUUGACAACUUUAUGACCAAAUGCAUUUGCACAGUUAUGUUUGUGAUAAAACAAGAUUUUUAUGGUUUGGUUUAAAUGUGCACCCAAUCCUGCUUCGUAAAUUUUACAUCUGUGUAUAUAUUCAUCAUUGCCUUUAUUUUUUUAGAUGAACUUUAAAUUUUUUAUAAUUUUUUUUUUUUUUAACUUUUGUGAUUGGGCAAGAAGACAUUCGUCAAAGGUUUUAAUUGUUUUAUUCUGGAUCAUUUAUGAUCUACAUGUAUGAAUCACAGAAAGUGACAGAUUUGGUAUGUAAAAAUGGAUUUGGCUGUUGAAUGAGCAUUAAACAAUGCUUUCUCUAG